AGAAACUCCAAAGUAUGUUCUAAAAGACGGGAAUACCCAGCGCGGUGGAAAUGAGAAGUAAGUGUGCAAUCCUUCUUUAUUAGCCACUCCAAUUUAACUUUGAAUUCGAAACAAAUGAGGCCUGUGAACAAGCUUAUUUUAAGAUGGAUAAUGCUUUGAUUGAUGAUCGGAGGAUACAUGUGGACUUUAGUCAGUGUUUCUAAGCUGUGGGGUCAAUACAGGCGUAAAGAGCAUCAAACUGGUAAAGGGAUCAUAGAUGAUUGAAACAGUCCACACAGCGGGGAAAUGUCAGAGCAACUGAACAAUCUACUACCGGAACUGAUGUUGGUGAACUGAGGGUGUCUUUUUUUGUUCAUGAGUCAAUUCUAUUAUUGGUUAUAGAAAUGCUGCAGAAAUGACAUACAGAUUACAGAGAGAGAAAGAGAUGACAUGGCGUUCUGCAGGAUCUCUAUCGAGGUCAUUAUUAUCAACAGCAAGAGCUUCUUCUGUUCGCUCUUCACCAACACUUCCUCGCCUUCGUCCGUCACCACUACCUACAUCUCUCCCUCGGGCUCGGCGGUUCUCCUUCGCUAAUCCAAGGACAUUGGGAGAACUCGGAUGCACACAUUCAAUACUACCUCCGGGUGCUGCAUGUCAUCUCUCACCACAUCUUUCACUUAACGUUCGAGCUUUCUGUGGGAUUUUUCAGGGAAAUGGAAAAGAUGGCCGAUACAGGGCAUCAAAUGCUGCAGCAGCGGAUGAAGGAUGCCACCAACUUUAGUACAUGAAUGGAGAUUGCUUUAUCGGCGCGAGGGGUUUGUAGAUUAAUGUUGGGAUCUUCUGCAAAUGACAUUGAUUCAUUGGAGUAGUAAGAGGACCCAAUAACACAAUUCUUGUUUUGCUAAUUUGGUCAGUUGCACUGUCGUUCCAGUGUUUGGAUUCAGUCAGCUGGUCUUCCUGGAACAAUCGUGCAAAUUGAAAUGUUGGUUUCUUAAGAGAAGCUUUUUUUUAUCGAGCUAGAAGCUGCUUGUCCUGAUGCACUGCAAGCCUCCAACAGAAAAUAAUAUCUCUUUGGCAAAUAAAAGUGUGCUAUAUAGUCUUGGACUGGUAUUGUGGUUCCUAACAGCGUGGGUUAUGCAGUUUGGAGCUUCCGAAUGCAGAUCACGGCUCCCCUUUUACGUACAGGCAGUCAAGCACCCUUCCUUUGUGGGUUUGAUUUUGCUCUUUCCUUCUGGUAGAGGUUUAGGUGUACAGAUAGUAAUGUUUUGAUAUAGUACUCGGGACGUCAUAAUUUUGCUACUAUUGCCGGUUGCUAGGCACUUACUCGAGCUUUUGUGCAAGGAUUCAGAUUAAAACCAAGAAUGAUAUUGAAGUCAGUAAUCAGAAGAAAAAAGAAGGCUUACCUGGCAAAGCAAAUCAUACGUUUAAAACUCCUGAUGAAAUUAAUACAUCUAAACCCAAAUAUGUUCCCAAUCUAAGGCAUUACCAUUGAUUCAAUUGGAUGUUUGUGUGUUCUUGAGUGAUGGAGAACUGAGGGUACGGGGCAGUAAUCAGCUCAUUUGCUGAGAAAAAUAUUUCCAUUAUUACCCCUAAAGGUACUAUUUCCACCCCAGCCCUAUGACUAUACUUUCCAUUUAAACUCAAUUACACACACCCAGUUGACUUGGCUGUAUACUCGUUCCA